AUGGAUUUGAAUUGUAGUGAGAUAUUUAAUAAAUUACCUAACAAAGGUAUUGGUGUUUUACAAUAUUCAGUUGGUGCUUCACCUAAUUUUUUUAAUAUUAAACUUGCAGAAAAAUGGCUACGAAACAAUAAAAAUGUAACAUGGAUUUCAGGAUUAUAUACAGAGGAACAAUUUAAAGUUUUAGCUGGAAAAUUUGCAUUACGGACAGCUUCAGAGAAAUUUUAUUUUAAAGAGAUAAAAGCUUUAUUUUCAGAUCAAUUAAUGGAUUCUUCCUUUACAAUAAAUACUUUUAUUGAUGUUAUUAAAAAAUUAAGUGAAAAACAAGAAGAUGACCAACUUAUUAUUUUUGAUAACAUUGAUUUUAUUUGUGAUCUUUUUAAUAGUGAUUACCGAGAAGUACUAAGAAUACUAUGCGAAGUUGGUAGUUAUUUUAAUAAUACUUUUAAUGGAAAUACACUUUUAUGUGGCACUAUAUCUGAACGUUUUUGUAAUAAUUACCAACCAAACUUUUAUAAUUUAAAUUUUUUUGCUAAAAUUGAAGAAUAUAAUUCUGGUUUAGAUGAUAAAGUUAGUGGAAAGAUUGACAUUGUUUUUGGAGAUGAAGAAAAAGGCAUAAUUUAUCAUGAUUUUUUAUACUUAUUAAAAGAUCGUAGCGUAACAUUUAUUCCGACGGGUGUUGGUGCUGUAUGA